GGCAUUGCGGGGUGCCGAUUGGGGCUCGCCAGCGGGUGAUCAGCGCAGACUAUCGGGGCUCAAGUGCAAGGCGGGCUGGUCCCCUCGGCGGGGCAAGAGCAACGUGGAGGUCGCAGGCCAGGUCAGGCGCAGCAGCGACAAGGUUGCAGAAGCGAUGCGCGUCCGGAUGGGCGCAGAGCGCAACAUAAUGCUCAGCCCCAUCAGUUCUGAGGCGCUGCAUGCCAAGUCGGACCACGGGAAGUUAGCAGAGGCAGAGGACCUGAUGCGCCGCGCCGACUGGAUGAAAGGCUUGUCCAUGUGCAUCGCGGAGUUGUCGAGGAUGAAUCGCCUGCUCGUGACGAGGCCAGUUGGCACCGACAUCGAGCCGCCGAGUGACGCGAGCUACGCGGGCAUGCUGAUGGACGAGCCGACUUCGAACGAGAAGAGCGACAUGAGCAGCGAAAAGCAGCGGACCAAGCAGCAGUUGCCCUUGUGGGGCCCAGAAGGCGAG